GUCGCAGACUUUGGGAAGAGAAACCUUCUUAAACUCUUGUCUGAUUCUGAUUUUUUCUCAGGACUCUAUGUGUUGGUGGGAACAGGGGUUCUCAUGACCACAGUUGGAUUUUUUGGGUGCUGUGGAGCAGCGCGGGAGUCUCAGUUCUUACUUGGAUCAUUCUUUGCUUGCUUGUUGGUGAUAUUUGCAGCUGAGAUCACUGCUGGGGUAUUUGCCUUUAUAGGCAAGAAAGUGGCAAUACAGGAAGCCCAGAAAAUCUAUGAAGACAUUUAUGACGACUAUAUGAAAAACCCAGCGGGGAAGGUCAACAGGACUAUCUAUCACUACCACCUGGCUCUCCAGUGCUGUGGUAAAGAUAAUAUAGAACAACAAAUGGGAUUACCCUGUCCAGAGAAUAUCCAGAUGCCAAAGAACUGUCUGCUUGAAAUCCAGAAUGUAAUUGAUACUAGUCUGCAUCUAGUUGGAAUUGCUGGAAUUGCAAUUGCCGGCAUCACAAUCUUUGGCAUGAUAUUCAGCAUGGUUCUGUGCUGUGUGAUCCGUAACACAAGAGACAUGAUCUAA